AUGUCGCAAGGGAGAGAUCCUUCUGCAGCGGCUUCCGGCCGGCACUCGCGACGGUCCGUUGCUGGUUGCUGGACAUGCAGAGGCAAGAAAGUCAAAUGCGAUGAACAACAACCUUUUUGUGCCAGAUGUAGUCGAUUGCACUUGUUUUGCGACUAUCAGCCACGGCAAAGAAAACCGUAUGUUCGGGGAAGAGCAAAAGCACUUACACAGCAACCACAGGAAGAGUCAAGGCUUGCCCGGGAUGAGAGUGGAAGCGAGAGUCACGAAGCAGACGCUCAACCCUCCGAGGAAGAGACCGACAACUCUUCACAAGUAAUCGUGUACAACUUGGGUACAAGUGGUCUCUGUCACUACUCGCCGAGCCCUCCGAAUGUCCCUGCUGCCUGUUCUUUGACAUUGGGGCUUCAAGAGCGGGAAGCCAUCCAGUACUUCCGGACCACGUUUUCCAGACAUCAACAUACCAAAAACCCCCAAUACAAUGUCAUCUCGGUCAUAUACAAUAUUGCAACCAAGUCCGAACUCGCAAUGCACAUGGCCGUUUCGGUUGCGAGACGAGAAAUGCUUUGUCUUCAAAACAAUGGCCAAGCUGAUGUCAAGGACGACGAUAUCUCUAUCCUGCACUAUUCAGCGGCUCUGAGUCAAUUGGCCGAGUUUGUAAACGGAGCUGAUGCAGUCACCGGGCUUGAUACUAUCCUAGCUAGCAUCUGGCUCAUGUUGACCUAUGAGCAGAAAUUUGGUGAUGGCAACGGUGUUGGCCUAUCUAGCCAUCUGAAAGGCCUUGCAACAAUUGUACAAAGUGAGGCCAGACAAGCCCUCACUCUUCCGGCAGACGCAAACCACCAUAUCCCUUCCUCUGCCAACACCAUGGAACUCGAUUCUUCUCAGAGGCGCAUGCAUACCCUCUCUCUCUUUUCUGCACGAAUGCUGAUUUGGAUAUCUCUCCUUGACGCUGGAGCUGCUUCAACUGGACUGGGAGGAGACUUUAACGCGUCACUUCAUGGCUUACUUGAAGAACAUGCUCACAUCUGCGACGGAUGUGAUUCUCGACUGCAAACCAGUCUCUUCCGAAGCUUCACUGAAGUAGCAAAGUACUCAAAUCCAUUGUUUUGCAGGGUAUGGGGCGACGAUUAUCCGAUACAGGAACUGAUGGAUGACAUCAGCAACCACGACAUAUUCUUAUUGUACGGCUCUUGCUUUCAGGUCAGGUACAUGGCCUCAAGAUUGGAUAGCCUGAGGAAGCAGGUUUCAACAGCCGCCGAGCAAUGUGAAAACGUCAUUGAACUCGCCUUUCAGGAAAUAGCUGAAACAUAUACCGAGACUUUCCUACUGGCGAGCAAAAUAACCGUCGAGACGGACAACAGUCUCCGCGUUAUCAAGAAUCUUCGGUUCAUCGUUCCUCACUACCAUGCAGCGAUACUUUACUACGUAAGAUGUGCGGAUCCCCGACGAUCCUCUCCGGACAGGCGGAUGGUAUCGUUAAAGAUGAUUAUGAAAUUAGCAUACCAAGCUUUCAAACUUGAGGGGGACGAGGCUAUGCUGCGGAUCGCUUGGCCACUCUUCAUAGCGAUACUCGAAACCGACGAUCUCCUCCACAGGGAGUGGUUAAUCGCUCGGUUGCAUGCGCUCGGGAAAUUUGGCAAGAAUUACUCAAGAGCAGCGUCUUUUGUUCUUGGCAUCAUCUUUCUGAUCGUCGUACCGGACAAUCAGCUCAAGUCGAGAUGGCUUAGUGAGACUGGCCGAGUUCUCGCCGUAGCAAGAGUCAGAGUCAACCAGCAGGGAAUCGGCAACAAGCAUUUCAAGACGUAUCAAUUCAAGGAGGCCCUUAUGGACCCCUUAGCCUGGGCAUUUGCUUUCUACAGCAUUGCUUCCAACAUACCAAAUGGAGGCAUCAGCAACUUCUUUAGUCAGCUCAUCGUCUCGUUUGGCUAUAGUCCUACACAGUCUCUGCUUCUUGGAACUCCUGCUGGCGCCGUUCAAGUUGUCAGCUUGUUGCUUAGUAUACUGGGAGCCAUCCUGCUCGUUGCAUUGCCAGAUUCUGCAAAGGCGGGUAAGCUUGUUGGUUACUACUUGACUCUGGCCGGGACGACGCCAUUCGUGGCACUGUUGAGUCUAAUUUCUUCUAAUAUUGCCGGAUACACCAAGAAGACUACUGUGGCUGCCAUGUAUCUGAUCUUCUAUUGUGCCGGCAACAUCAUUGGCCCUCAAACCUUUCGUCCGGCGGAUGCACCUGGUUUUAUCCCGGCUAAAGUCACCAUUCUUGUCUGCUAUGUCCUUUGCAUGAUAGAUGUCAUCUUUAUUUGGUGGUAUUGUAGACGGAUGAACCAAAAGAAGGCAGCCCUUAGAGCGGAACCCGGCUAUGUAACGCAAGAGAACUCUGACCACUGCUUGAUUAACUCCAUUGGAGUAAAUCUUCGAAUUCGCUUGAUCGAGGAGUUAGAUGAGCUCAGAGAGCUACGUUUGGGUAAUUUGUUAACGUGGGCAGAUGAAAUUGCGAUCGCAUUGUCAACUGGACGCUUAGAUAUAACCUCGUAUCACCGAGGCUGCUCUGACCCAAGGAAAAUUUCAGAUAAUUUUAGCCCUACUUAG